GUUAUUCCUUGCGGCUGUCAAAAGACAAAACGCAAACGUUUGUUGAAAACACAGACGAGUGUUGUUCUCGAUAAUAAUUCAAUUUAGUAAUUCAUUACUUCAAUAAAAUGGUAAAACUAACGCCCGAGCUGAUAAAUCAUUCGAUGCAGUACAUAAAUCCCUGCAGAGACCGCGAAUUGGAUCUUCGCGGCUACAAAAUACCUCAAGUCGAAAAUAUGGGAGCCACACUGGAUCAAUUCGAUACGAUUGACUUUUCCGACAAUGAUCUACGGAAAUUGGAUGGCUUCGCUUAUUUACCUCGAAUCAAAUGUCUUCUGCUGAACAACAAUCGGAUUGUACGGAUAUCGGAAAAUCUGCAAGAGUACAUUCCCAAUCUGAAUACUCUUAUCAUGACCGGUAAUAAUAUUCAGGAGCUAGGCGACUUAGAGCCACUUACACAUUUACCAAACUUGGAAACACUUUGUUUACUCAUGAAUCCGGUGUCGACGAAACCGAACUAUCGAGAGUACGUUGCGUUUAAGUUUCCUAACUUACGACUGUUGGACUUCCGUAAAAUAAAGAUGGCUCAUCGUAAAGAAGCCAAUGAUUUGUUCAAAAGCAAGAAGGGAAAGGAAUUACUCAAAGAAAUUGCGAAGAAAACCAAAACUGGCCAGACAGGCAAUGUAUUGGAAACGAACGGAACGAAUGAAUCAGGAGCAACGCCAGCUGAAGUAGCAAAAAUUCGCGAGGCGAUCAAAACAGCUAAUUCGUUGCAAGAAGUGGAACGUCUUACUCGAAUUUUACAAGCCGGUGGUCCAAUUACUGAUGAAAUGCUAAAUGGAAACGGUACCAAUGGUAAUCAUGCAAUGGACACGGCGUAAUUAAUGGAUUGUGGAUCAACAAAUUCUUACACACAUACAACAGUGCCAGGUAUU